AUGAGUGUUUGGUUGGUUUCUGUGCCCAACGAAGGCAAUUCCUCAUCCGAGAUGACAUUUCUUGCACUCAAGGCAGAAACUGCUUCCAGUCGUCAUGAUUAUGCCGAUUGCGUCCGCGUGGAAUUGCCGUCAGAUCUGCUUGUGGGAACACUCGACUCACUCAUGGCGCUAAGUGAUGAUCUGAACCGAGUGGAAAUGGUAAUUGAGAGUGUCGUGCGCAAGAUUGAGCGUCAGUUCCAUGACCUAGACAAGGGUGACCAAGCGCUCACGGUAGAUGGAGUGCCCGUGGAUCGGUACUUAAGCUUUUUCUCAUGGGAUGAGGCCAAGCACCCACACCGUCGACCGCUUCCCGAAAUUGUCAACAUAAUUCAAUCGUCCGUGGGAAAAAUUGAAGAGGAAUUGAAGCAACUGAGUUCCCGCUACUCAGAAAAAAAGCAGCAGCUGAUUGGAUUUCAGCGCAAGAAAGGUGGCAACCUGAUGGUGGCAAAUCUGAACGACGUGUUGACACCCGAUAUUGUGUCGACGUCGGACUUUAUCAACACGGAGUAUUUACAAACAUUGGUGGUGAUCGUACCUAAAACUCUGGAGGAGCAAUGGCUGCUUGAGUACGCACAAAUUGGCGAUCAGAUUGCCGAAUACGGUCCGAAAGGCUCUCGUGGAAAUAAACGUGGAUCUCCUGUUGUACCAGGAUCAUCACGCAAGUUAACGGAAGAAGGUGAUUCUGCCGUAUACACUGUAACUCUGCUAAAAGGGCAAUACCAGUCGGGCUUUGUGGACAAGGAAGGCAAUUUUGAACCAGGCACCACUAUGGACUACAUAGAAGAUUUUAAGGCACGCGCUAAAGAUAAGCGCUUUAUCGUUCGUGACUUCACUUUUGAUCCGAUGAGUCACGCUUCGAACGAAGAAGCGAUUGCUGAGCUCAAAUUGGAGGUUGACCGAUUGUAUUCGGCUCUUAUUCGUUGGUGCAAGGCGCAUUUUGGAGAGACAUUUAUUGCGUGGAUGCAUAUUAAGAUGAUUCGCAUUUUUGUGGAGUCAGUGCUUAGGUAUGGACUACCGGUGAAUUUUGUCGUUGCUAUGUAUAAACCACGUCCAGGUAAAGAUAAAAAGUUACGGGCACUUUUGGCGAAGAAGUAUGCACAUUUGCAGCCAGCACAAUUCUCAGGUCUCGAAGAUGGUUCUUCAGGAUCAUCGCAGGUGUUCAAGGCGAAGGUAUAG